CGGCGGGAGGCGCUGCAGGGGACGCGGGGGAAGUGGCGGCGCCGGCCGCGGACAGCGCCGACUGCGCCCAGGGCUGGACCCGAGCUCUCGGAGGUUGAUUGACUUAUGUGCAAUUUGGGACACUGGAGUUUUCCUUCCCACUGUGGACUGGAGGGGAGCUUUGUCUAGUGUUGCAAGAAGGAGGCUGAAUGAAGCAGAGACGCUGAGCUCUGCCCGGAGCGCCCAGGGAGAGCGGCGGGAGGCGACCAGACCCCGUGGGCCGGGGCGCAGGGAGCAGGGCCGGGUGCUGAGGAUGGCCCAGCCGCCGCCGCCCCGGGCCCACGCAGCCCUCCUGCUCUGCCUCGUCAGCCUCGGCGGAGCCAUCGAGAUCCCCAUGGAUCCCAGCAUUCAGAGCGAGUUGUCUCAGCCCCCGACCAUCACCAAGCAGUCUGUGAAGGACCACAUCGUGGAUCCCCGGGACAACAUCCUGAUUGAGUGUGAAGCAAAGGGGAACCCCGCUCCCAGCUUCCACUGGACUCGAAACAGCAGGUUCUUCAACAUUGCCAAGGACCCGCGGGUGUCGAUGAGGAGGCGGUCUGGGACCCUCGUGAUCGACUUCCGCAGCGGGGGGCGUCCGGAGGAGUAUGAGGGGGAGUACCAGUGCUUCGCCCGCAACAAAUUCGGCACCGCCCUGUCCAAUCGGAUCCGCCUGCAGGUGUCCAAAUCUCCCCUGUGGCCCAAGGAAAACCUGGACCCCGUUGUGGUUCAAGAAGGCGCCCCCUUGACACUGCAGUGCAACCCCCCGCCUGGACUCCCGUCCCCGGUCAUUUUUUGGAUGAGCAGCUCCAUGGAGCCCAUCACCCAAGACAAGCGAGUCUCCCAAGGCCAUAACGGAGACCUGUAUUUCUCCAACGUCAUGCUGCAGGACAUGCAGACCGACUACAGCUGCAACGCCCGCUUCCACUUCACCCACACCAUCCAGCAGAAGAACCCCUUCACCCUCAAGGUCCUCACCACCCGAGGAGUUGCCGAGAGAACACCCAGCUUCAUGUAUCCCCAGGGCACCGCAAGCAGCCAGAUGGUGCUGCGUGGCAUGGACCUCCUGCUGGAGUGCAUCGCCUCUGGGGUCCCCACACCGGACAUCGCGUGGUACAAGAAAGGCGGGGACCUCCCAUCUGACAAGGCCAAGUUCGAGAACUUUAACAAGGCUCUGCGGAUCACCAACGUCUCCGAGGAAGACUCCGGGGAGUACUUCUGCCUGGCCUCCAACAGGAUGGGCAGCAUCCGGCACACGAUCUCGGUGAGAGUAAAGGCUGCUCCCUACUGGCUGGACGAACCCAAGAAUCUCAUCCUGGCUCCUGGCGAAGAUGGGAGACUGGUGUGUAGAGCCAAUGGGAACCCCAAGCCCACCGUCCAGUGGAUGGUGAAUGGGGAGCCUUUGCAGUCGGCGCCACCCAACCCAAACCGAGAGGUGGCCGGCGACACCAUCAUCUUCCGGGACACCCAGAUUAGCAGCAGGGCCGUGUACCAGUGCAACACCUCCAACGAGCACGGCUACCUGCUGGCCAACGCCUUCGUCAGCGUGCUGGAUGUGCCGCCUCGCAUGCUGUCUCCCCGGAACCAGCUCAUCCGGGUGAUCCUUUACAACCGGACACGGCUGGACUGCCCGUUCUUUGGGUCUCCCAUCCCCACACUCCGAUGGUUUAAGAACGGGCAGGGGAGCAACUUGGACGGCGGCAACUACCACGUCUACGAGAACGGCAGUCUGGAGAUCAGGAUGAUCCGCAAGGAGGACCAGGGCAUCUACACCUGCGUGGCCACCAACAUCCUGGGCAAGGCCGAGAACCAGGUCCGCCUGGAGGUCAAAGACCCCACCAGGAUCUUCCGGAUGCCCGAGGACCAGACGGCCAAGCGGGGCACCACCGUGCAGCUGGAGUGCCGGGUGAAGCACGACCCCUCCCUGAAGCUCACCGUCUCCUGGCUGAAGGACGACGAACCCCUCUACAUCGGGAACAGGAUGAAGAAGGAGGAUGACUCCCUGACCAUCUUCGGGGUGGCAGAGCGUGACCAGGGCAGCUACACGUGCGUGGCCAGCACCGAGCUGGACCAGGACCUCGCCAAGGCCUAUCUGACCGUGCUAGGUAACUGCCGCUGCCCGCCACCUGAGUCCAAUCCCACUGACGUGAAGGGAGAAGGGACCAGAAAGAACAACAUGGAGAUCACGUGGACGCCCAUGAACGCCACCUCCGCCUUUGGCCCCAACCUGCGCUACAUCGUCAAGUGGCGCCGGAGAGAGACCCGCGAGGCCUGGAACAACGUGACGGUGUGGGGCUCCCGCUACGUGGUGGGGCAGACCCCCGUCUACGUGCCCUACGAGAUCCGAGUCCAGGCCGAGAACGACUUUGGGAAGGGCCCCGAGCCAGAUACCGUCAUCGGUUACUCCGGAGAAGAUUAUCCCAGAGCUGCGCCCACUGACGUUAAAAUCCGAGUCCUGAACAGCACAGCCAUCGGCCUUCAGUGGAACCGAGUCUACUCCGACACGGUCCAGGGCCAGCUCAGGGAGUAUCGAGCCUACUACUGGAGGGAGAGCAGCUUGCUGAAGAACCUGUGGGUGUCUCAGAAGAGACAGCAAGCCAGCUUCCCCGGUGACCGGCCCCGUGGCACGGUGUCCCGCCUCUUCCCCUACAGUAACUACAAGCUGGAGAUGGUUGUGGUCAAUGGGAGAGGCGACGGGCCUCGCAGUGAGACCAAGGAGUUCACCACCCCGGAAGGAGUACCCAGUGCCCCCAGGCGUUUCCGAGUCCGGCAGCCCAACCUGGAGACAAUCAAUCUGGAAUGGGACCAUCCAGAGCACCCCAAUGGGAUCAUGAUCGGAUACACCCUCAAAUACGUGGCCUUCAACGGAACCAAACUAGGAAAGCAGAUAGUGGAAAACUUCUCCCCCAACCAGACCAAGUUCUCAGUGCAAAGGGCAGACCCUGUGUCACGAUAUCGCUUUACGCUCAGUGCCAGGACGCAGGUGGGCAACGGGGAGGCUGUCACAGAGGAGUCACCAGCAGCCCCCAACGAAGCUGCUCCAACCGCAGCUCCUCCCACGUUGCCCCCGACUACCGUGGGUGCAACGGGCGCUGUGGGCGGUACCGAUGCUACUGCCACUGCCGCCGCCACCGAAGCCACAACAGUCCCCAUCAUCCCAACUGUCGCACCUACCACCAUCGCCACCACCGUCGCCACAGCUACUACUACAACCACUGCCACCACCACCACCACGGAGAGUCCUCCCAUCACCACCACCACCGGGACUAAGAUACACGAAUCCGCCCCCGACGAGCAGUCCAUAUGGAACGUCACGGUGCUCCCCAACAGUAAAUGGGCCAACAUCACCUGGAAGCACAAUUUCGGGCCCGGAACUGACUUUGUGGUUGAGUACAUCGACAGCAACCAUACGAAAAAAACUGUCCCUGUUAAGGCUCAGGCCCAACACGUACAGCUAACAGACCUCUAUCCCGGGAUGACGUACACGUUGCGAGUCUAUUCCCGGGACAACGAGGGCAUCAGCAGUACCGUCAUCACCUUUAUGACCAGUACAGCUUACACCAACAACCAGGCGGACAUCGCCACCCAGGGCUGGUUCAUCGGGCUCAUGUGUGCCAUCGCCCUCCUGGUGCUCAUCCUGCUCAUUGUCUGCUUCAUCAAGAGGAGUCGAGGGGGCAAAUACCCAGUGCGAGAAAAGAAGGACGUGCCGCUCGGCCCUGAAGAUCCUAAGGAGGAGGAUGGCUCGUUCGACUACAGUGACGAGGACAACAAGCCGCUGCAAGGCAGCCAGACGUCCCUGGACGGCACCAUCAAGCAGCAGGAGAGUGACGACAGCCUGGUGGACUAUGGCGAGGGCGGCGAGGGCCAGUUCAACGAGGACGGCUCCUUCAUCGGCCAGUACACAGUCAAGAAGGACAAGGAGGAGACAGAGGGCAACGAGAGCUCCGAGGCCACGUCGCCCGUCAACGCCAUCUACUCUCUGGCCUAACGGAGCCCGCCUGGCGCAGCCACCACUUUGCAAGCAGGAGCAGGGGAGAGGGGAGACGAAGCCACUGCAAACCACCACAGAGCCACCGCCACCUCCAGGGACGAGGGUCCAGCACGCGGGUCUGCCAAGCUGUGAGGACCACCGAUCACCCAGCCAACUACAAGCCCCCGCCCCAUGACCCCGCACACCGGGGUCCCGCCUGUGCGGGAGAGCUAGAGCCCACCUGCACUCGCCCGAGGGGCCAGGUCCUGGCUCCGCCUCAGCCACCCGAGCCGCUUCCCGCGCUGGCCGCUGGCCGCCCUAGGCCUGCACACACACACUCCGUCUCUGUCGGUGUCACUCCUCCCCCUGUCUUUAUUUUUUGCUUCGUGCCUCUGCCCUCCAAGCACAUCGUCUCCAUAUUCUUUUCGUUUUGAAGAAGCGUCCCUGGGAAGAGAAGGAAGAGGUGGAUUCUCCCCCAGGAAUUUGCAAAGACAGGCCAAAAGGAUCGACCCGGGAACCACACACAGAAAAGCUGUAGUAUUCAAACCGCCGCCGGGCCAGCGUGUUUCCGAAGGAUGCCUUUCUCGCCAUAGGCCUCCCCAGCUCCACCCCUCGCCUCGGCCUGUCUGUCGCUGAGCUGGGCUUGGCUCCUUUCUGGAAAAUGACAGUAUUCUCGGCAGGGAGAGGGUGGGCAGGCCGCGGGCCUCUCGGCCCCGGCUCCUCCCCUGCCACUUCCUCUCGAGUGCCCAGGACGCGCUGCUCCGCUGCUCCAACUCCGAAGAAGAAGGGACCUGAGGAAGACGAGUGGGCACCGGCGGGAGGGACUUGGACUCCAGAGACCACGUACCUCAAGCUGAAGGAAUCAGGCGUCCGGUCGCUGGCGAGCUGUGCUCACCGCUGGAGAGAAAAACGAAUCUGGAUUGGAUCUCCUCGCUCCCUGCCAGUGAAACGACAGGGCGCGUCCAGCGUGGAGGGUGACCCCGCCGGGUCAGGGGGUCUACGCUGCUACCCUCAGGAGACUGUUACCCUGUGAUGCAAAAGUCUGGCUGGAAUAUGUGGGGUGCACGGUACUGCUCCCCUUUUCAUCUCCAGCAGAUAUCAUCUCCUCAGUCAAUCCUGUAUGACUCUGAAACUGGUGUUAAAUGUGGUGUGUGGACCGGGCUCAGCUGCCAUCUACGACUGAGCCGCUAUGUCCCUCCCCGGGGUAUUUACAUAUCAGGAGGCCCGCAAGCACCACGCUGGCCGGGAGCCUGGCCUGGGGGGACGCGGCGUUCUCCAUUUGCCUUACGCAGCCCCGGCCUGUCUCUGCGUUCCCAGGUUCCCAGCCUCCCCUGCAAGCCUUGAAGCCGCCAGCGGCGCUGUCUCGAGAACGGGGCAGGCGGCUCUGCCCGCGUCCAGCAGACCCGAAGCUGCCGCUUGUCGGCACCCGGCAGCCUGUGGCCCGGGUGGAGACGCUUGCAGCCCUCAGAGACACAGGCGCGUCUUCAUCCUCCCACCUAAUCCAUUUUUGAAACCAAAGGUACCUAGCCUCAGAGAGAGAGACGUCGUGAGCCUAAAUCAACCUUCAGCCCUGGCUGCCGCUGGAGUCCAUUUCGGGAGGGUGAAAGUGACCUAGAGGCCGGGGCCACCCCACGGCACAGGCGCCCACCUGCGCCCCCAGCUGCUCACCAAGGGCCCGCGCGGGCCCAGGGCUGCGUCCUUCAGAGACCACUACAGCAUCGUUUGCCACAUGUUUAAGCCGCAAAGGUAUUAGCAAUGCUUGCGUCACCUGAUCACCGUCAGCCAAAAGGCGGGCCGCAGACGCACGUGUGCGGUCUGCAGGCAGAAGCAGGGCCCAGAGCCGACCCGGUGAAGUCUGAGUUGAGCCGAGGAGCUGUCCUUUGGCCCACAUCGAAGCCGGGCGGGCACGCCCACGUGCGAAAGGGCACAGGGUGGACUGCAGGGCUGGGUGAGCUCAGCGCUCUUCGGCACCUCUGGGCUGGCUGGCUGGGCAUUCCCGCAGCUCGGGCCCAGCCUCCCUGAGGGAACCAUCAGGCCGGUGCUGCAAGCUGAAUUAAAGGGCUGGCCUUUCCAGAAAGCUCUCUGGAACUGAGCGGAGUAUCCAUUUCUCGAGCCCUCAUCCCAUUCUGCACCGAGCGCUCAUCCAACCCAAACAGGCCCUCGGGGAAGGAGGACUGUCAGGGAGUCAUCUCUCCCUCCCCGUCCCCAGAAAGUCUGCCACACAGACUGUUACUAGGGAAGGGCUUUGCUGUCAUCAGGAGACCCUGGGGAGAGGAGAGGAGAGUCCUUGUCGUCUUUGUCAUCGCCGCCAUCCUGCCAGGUUCUGUGCCAGCUCCCUGUGUGAGGAGUGUCGUCAGCCCCUUUGGAGGCCUGCCCGUGUGUGGUGCUGAGAGCCCCGCGUCACCCUGCGGUCCCGGUGCCCUGGCAGUUGGAGCAGAGCCAGACCUGCAGGCUGGCAGGUGCUCGGAGAGGGGUGAGAGGUGGGGAGGCGGCCCUCCCGGGAGGCGUCCAUGGAGCCCGGGCAGGCUGCAGCCCAGCCCGCCAGGAGAGCAGUAUUGCCCGGCACCCCCCGCCAGCUGGACUCAUGCAGCCACCCCAGACAGUGACAGCAAUGCCAGGAGAGGGCGAUCCUUUGGUGCUUCUAGCUGGCAGGCUGGGGGAGGAAGUACAGGCCAUUCCCCGUGACUCCCAAAGUUCCAUUGUGCCGCGAUCCCGCCUGCCACACUCAGCCCCAGGAGCGGCUCCCGCGCCCUCACCCAGCCUUGAACACCUUGUCUGAGUCGGGUCCUGGGCCCUGGACACCAGGGUGAGGGGCCUUGGUACUGAGUCUUGGGACACCCCAGGCUGGGGUGGUGCAUGACGAACAGCCCUGCUUCCCAGCCUCCCCGCUCUGCCCUUGGGGCAAGUUGCUUCACUUGUCUGUAUUCUGGUGCCUCAGUCUCCCCUCUACUGUCUCUCCUUUGAAUACCUCUCCCCACAGAGGGGCCUGGGCCUACCUGAAGGAGCAAAGGUGUAUGGGGUGUACCCCCUGCAGGGCCAGGGGCCCGUGGUCCACUUCCUUGCCCAGGCGAUGGUGACUGGACCCUGCCUCUGCCCGCUUGCUUUGAGGAGCUGGCUGGGCUCAGGCCAACGGGAGAACCGGGCGAGUUCCUCCCCUUCCGUGCCGUUGUCGCGACCCUUUGCCCAGACAGGUUGGAGGCAUCUGGUCCACCCCUUUCCUGGCAAGUCCCAGGGUCUGGAAAGGUGUCCAGGUGUUUAAGCACCAGCCAGUGCCAACAGUGCUCACCCUACCAGGGCCACCUGCAGCCAGGGCCCAGAUAGUGUUUCCAGAAUUCCCCUGAUUGCAGUUCACCUUAGAGAAGGGUAACAACAGAGCCGAGGACAUGGGUGCUCAGCAAAGGGUCUGCCACCCCACCCAGCACCCUCGCGAGGCAUGUGCGCACACACACAGCAGACCAAGGCCCUUCACGAGGCAGCAGCAUCAGAGAGAACAAUCCAGGCAGGACCUUGUCUUGGAGAGGGGAGCCCAGGCCCAGGCCCACUGGGGAUGCUAAGGGCUGAGUGGGGUGCAGCGUGCAACUUGGGGGGGAGGGACAAGAGGCUGAUCAAGUUGGGCCCCCAUUCAAGCAAUUCCCGCAGGCAGAAGGGAGAGUCUGAGCUGUUGGGGAGGGGGUCUCCCUGGAACAGCCCGGGCGGCGGCUGCUUAAUGCUCCUCUGGAGCCCCACGCAGGCCAGAGCCAAGUCCCGGGGCCUCACAAGCCGCUCGUAUGACGGGACAGGAGUGGGGAUUUAACACGUUUCUGCCUCAAUCUGUGCACUGCUGCCUCGCUGACACCGGGGAGCUGAGGCUCCCCAGAUGUUUGCCUAGAGCUGCUGCCAGGGAAUUAUUUGUCAGUGGGGAGCCACCAUUCCUAGGGUGCCAGCCCAGAGCACACACUGCUGUUGACACCAUGACCCCCGCUGAGGCUGCCUCUGCCACACACAAGCCGAGGUCGUGCAGGGUCACUCCAGCAGCAAGGCCCCUGAACGAAAUCACCUGGCUGAACGUCGCAUGGAAGCUGAGGAGUAGAACACAGGAGGCCCCCGGCUUUCAAAACAGCCAGAAGAUGGAGUCAGGCCAUUGAAACAAAGAGCCUGAAAUAUAGGGGAGUGGCUUUGUGCCCUGGGAGAUGCAAGCCAGGGGGCAGAACCCAGCCUCUGGGCAGCCCCUCCUGAGGCAGGCAGGGGCCUUGCAGCUGACUCCGGCCUGCCCAGCCCAAACCACUUCCCCCAAAGCCCCCACUAGGAAUGGGCCUUCCUGGGACAGGUGCAGAGAAGGAUGGAUGGAGAAGGACAGCCAGCCAGGGAAGGCUCCAGACCCCGUAACUAGUGUCUCAAGCACACCUGCAACAGCUCCUCUGGGAGCCUGGUAGUAUUUCUCGGAUGUUUCAUGACAAUAAGGUGCAGAUGAGAUGGUAGGAGGCAUGUGAGUGGUAGGACAGGAUCCAGUUUCAGGAAGGAAUCAGAGCUGAUCUAACCGAGAUGACUCAUCUCACACACAAGGAAACAAGCCCA